AUGUCUGUUUUCAAUAACUGUGAGGUCCAGCUUUUUCUUCUGAUUGGGAUCCCUGGCCUGGAACAUGCCCACAUCUGGAUCUCCAUCCCCAUCUGCCUCAUGUACCUGCUUGCCAUCAUGGGCAACUGCACCAUUCUCUUUCUCAUAAAGACAGAGCCCUCACUCCAUGAGCCCAUGUAUUAUUUCCUUGCAAUGUUGGCUGUCUCCGACCUGGGCCUCUCUCUCUCCUCCCUUCCUACGAUGCUGAAGAUCUUUGUGUUCAAUGCCAUGGGAAUUUCACCCAAUACCUGCUUUGCUCAAGAAUUCUUCAUCCAUGGAUUCACUGUCAUGGAAUCCUCAGUGCUUCUAAUUAUGUCUUUGGAUCGCUUUCUUGCCAUUCACAAUCCCCUGAGAUAUAGUUCUAUUCUCACCAGCCGCAGGGUUCUUAAAAUGGGACUGAUUUUGACCAUCAGGAGCAUUCUCCUAGUGCUCCCGUUCCCCUUCAUUCUAAGGAGAUUAAAAUAUUGUCAGAAGAAUCUCCUUUCUCACUCAUACUGUCUUCAUCAGGAUACCAUGAAGCUGGCCUGCUCUGACAACAAGAUUAAUGUCAUCUAUGGCUUUUUUGUUGCUCUCUGUACCAUGCUGGACUUGGCAUUGAUUGUUCUGUCAUAUAUCUUAAUCUAAAGGGUGGUACUUAGCAUUGCAUCCCUGGCAGAGGGGCUCAAGGCUCUCAACACCUGUGUUUCCCACAUCUGUGCUGUGCUCAUCUUCUAUGUACCCAUCAUCACCCUGGCUGCCAUGCACCGUUUUGCCAAGCACAAAAACCCCCUUGUUUUGCUCCUUAUUGCAGAUAUGUUCUUGUUGGUGCCACCACUGAUGAACCCCAUCGUGUAUUCUGUAAAGACCAGACAGAUCUGGGAGAAAAUCUUAGUGAAGUGGCUUCAAGUAUGUGGGAGAUAA